AUGCUUACCGUCAAGCAGCCACCAACUUACGGCUACAAGUCCGUCCAUGAUCUCCCGACUCCGCCUUCAACCUCUCGACCUUCUCCCCCCUUGAUAAAUCGAGAACCAGCAAGCAAUUCUCCGCCUGUCACCUACCGGGGACAUAGUCCACCAUCACAGCCCAUGUCGGCUCCUCAUCGUGGCCUGCCCCCGCCGGCAGCCAUGACUCUUCCUCCCCAGCAGCCCCCAACGGCUGGUGCUCCUCCACCUACACAUCUUCCACCCCAUCCGCCUCCUCCGCCCCCGCCACAAGCAUCCUUGGGCCCCUCUGGUCACCAGCAGAGAGAUUCAUGGGGUCAACUACCUGCUCCACCUCAGCAAUGGCAAGGAGCAGAGGAAUCCAUGAGACAUUGGCUACAGGCGAGGGCGGAAGAGGAUAAGAGAAAGCAGGAAGAAGAGCGGACGAGGCAGGAGAGUUUGCGUCUAGAGCAGCGUAAAGUUGAAAUGGAUAUGCUGCGGACGUCGCUUCAGGCAGGUAUACCUCCUCCCAUGGUUCCUUUGGUGUUUGCAGGCAUGGGGAGCGGAGGAGUCGCGCCACAGGCUGCCCUGGAAUGGGCUCAGCAGUUCAUGCCUCCUGGACAGGCUCCUCCCCGUGCCCAGAUCAUGCCCGCGCAGUGGCCUGUGUCGCCUGAACACCAGCGAGAAUCUCAAACACUGUCGCAUACCCACGCACAGCACCCGGGCAUUCCAUCUGCAUCGACCCCAGCAGCCGGCCCGCACACGCUCCUCCUCCGAUGCACUCACAUCAGCAUCCGCAUAUGCAGCAACAACAGCAGCAAGAAUCCCAGUCGAGUCCUUCGAUAUACUUUCACCACUGGCAGCCACCAACAUCACAAGCUAGCGGAAGCUCGAACCGACCCGGAAGUCCUUCUGGGGAAACUCCCAGAAAGCGCAAAGCAACAGGGCAUCAUGCCCCUUCCCCCACCCGCAGUGAGCAGCGAUAUCGGUCACCUCCGCCUCUUAGUCAAAGCAGCUCGUCGAGCGCGGCUUUUCGUGGAUCGCGACGUGGUCAUUCACGUCAAAGAAGUGACAUGUCACCCUUCAGAGUCGUCGGGCCGGGACGGUCUCGCAGAGAGAGUUUUGGCGGACCUUUACGCCGAAUGUCACCGAUACGCGCCUCCACUCCCAUGCCCUCACAAGAAAGACCGGGCAACGAGAACAAACAGUCAGUCUCAGCUAUAUUGUCAGAGGAGCCACCGCCCAGCACACGGUAUCCAGGGCCCCAUCGCCCGAGCGAAGAGCAAGAUAACCGCUACAAGCAGCCAUCAUCUGGAGAUUCAAAGCCACAUCGAAGCAUCGAAGAAACCUCAAAAUUGCGAGAAGAUUCAGGGGAAGGACAAGGCGCUUGAUGGUAGUGCACCCUAG